AUGUGUCGCCUUCUUCUCACUCGCUCGUUCGAUCGAAGCUUCUCCAGUAUUGCACCUCCCACUGCAAACAACUUCAGCUUCGGUGGUUGUGGAUUCUUGAUUUCGUAUCACUUGGGCGUGGCGCAGGGACUGCUGGAUGCUGGCUAUAUCCAGGCCAACUCUAAGUUCGCUGGAGCUUCUGGGGGUGCCAUCGUUGCCUUAAGUUUGGCCACUAACGCCAACAUAAGCGACAUUUUCGAUGAGGUAAAAGGCAUAACCCGGCUCUGUCACAAUCAUGGCACUGUCUGGAAGCUUGAGAAGCGACUGCGUACCAUCUUCCAUGCCAAAUUCGGUGAUCUACAGGUAGAGACGUUGGCACAAAGACUCACGAUUGCAACAGAGAAGAUGUGGCCUUGGAGAGCCUUGGUGCUAACCGAUGAUUUCCACUCGACGGAUGAUCUAUGUGAUGCACUCAUUGCAUCGUGCUAUGUGCCUUGGUACUUGUCUAGACGAGGAAUGUCUGUGUUUCGAGGAGAAUAUCAUGUGGACGGAGGCCUCAUUACUUUAGUGCCAAAAGUGCCGGGAUACACCAAGGUAUGUGCGUUCCCCGGGCACAUCUUUCGUCGCACAGACUAUGAGAUUAGCCCAUCGAUCGAUCCGGACUUCCCCUUUACAAUAAUGCAGUUGGCACGCUUUGCUUUGUUUCCGCCAAGGAUUGAGGUGCUGGAUCAACUUUUCGAAUCGGGGAAGAGAUCAGCGAGGGUUUGGGUGGAGAAGUCAGCAGCGCAAACGGGUGAAAAUGAUACGAUUAGAAGCACUAGAUCGUGA